AUGUCUAUGUUUCGUGUCUACCAAAAGCAAGAGAGCUCGGAUCCUGUUCUGCGUUAUGCUCGUUCGCCUGCUGUGCUCCGCAAAAAAAUCAGACAGCUCGCCCCGCUCCAGAAUCGAGUCGCCGUUGUGGAUACAGGAGAGCCGUUGUUAUCGACUCGCUUGAGCCUCUCGCACGGAACCAACGGCGACGUUCGAAAAAAUGAUGCCAAUCGUGAACAGCUUAGAAGACUGCCACGAGGCCGUCCGGAUAAUCGCGUUCGCCAAUUGGAACACAAGGGCACCAAGCAUCGCACUCUGAAGUCAUCAAAGAAGUCCUCCAGUGGUAAAGGCAAGGGUUCCAGUAAAGAGGAAGAAGCUCCGGUUGUGUCCACCGAGCCCGUAGGCCUUGUUGGCUGCGUCAGCGAUCUACGCACCUGCUUGGACGGACCCAGCCUUAGAUUUUCAGUGGUCGUAGAAAACAGCUUUUUGCCGGACGAGUUGGAUCUCACGGUGGUCCCUCCUAGUGGCGGUCUAAUCAAUUACUUGAGCCCCAAAAACGAAACAAGCUUGGGAAACUUUUUCAUUACCUACGGUCCAUACGACUUUCGUUCGUUUAUGUUCGAUUUCGUGAUUCUAGACGUUGGGUUUCCUCUAUCCGCGCUGGAGGCAGGCGAAUACAAUAUUCUUGUUUCAACGAGAGCUCAGGAAGACGUGGUGUGGACGCUGUCUACAAUUUUGGACGGACAGAUUGUGGGACCCCCUCUUCAGGGAGUAAUUCCUGCUGCCAACAUGGAUUCCGAUCCCAUUGUCGCUACCGUAUCGGCUCUUCACAGCUCGUCUAGUGAAGAGGCGAUGUCAGCGUCCUCAUUUUCCGUGACGACAUUCAUCCCCAGUUUAGCAAACUAGACGGCCUUGGUGUCGUUGCGCCGGGCGAAACCAUUUGGGAAAAGUACAAAAACGGUUGUGGCGGCAAUCUGAUGAAUGAACCGCAGCGAUUAUUUAUAGUUGUCAAAAAUGGAGCUGUACCCCUAUGGAUCCAACGGCUCAAUUUGGUGGAAAUGAUGAGCGCCUCUUGUUCUGUUUCAUGCAUUCUGUUCCUGACACGUGUGUUGUUGAAGACCGAUGGAUGGUACGAGCGAGCACCAUUGAGCCUCACUAUUCCAUUUAAAAUGUAUUUGUCCGUAUCGCC